UGUGAACAGUGACUGGCCAAAGGAAAACUGCUGUGGUUACUAUGGUGUCUUUUCCCAAGGAGCUGUCUGUGCUAUCUCUCUUGCUUAACAAGUUGAGCACUUACAAACGGAUUAGCUGAAACAUCUACUUCGGAGUUCACAUGCAGAAUAUGGUGCCGUUAGAAUGAGAAGCAACAGGAGCUGCCACCUUCUCAGCUAGAAAGAAGAGUGAAUCAUCCUUAUUAAGGUCCCCUGGUAUUUUCUGUUCCACUAACCAUGCAUUUUGGUGCCCCAGCAGUCAGCAAGUGGGAACUUUAUGGAAACAAAGACUGAUUCAGAAGCUUCAGAUUUUGUUCUGUGAAGACAAACUCUGCUAUAACGGAUACAAAAGUUUAAAAGUAACAGUCCCACUGGUAUAUGCCUUACCCCGAUACUUUAAAUCCCAAGGGGUUGCAUUAUUAUGCUGCUGCUAUGGAUGAAGAAUCACCUACAGAUUUUGAAAUGCUGUUAUCUCCCACCCUACUGGACCACCGACCCAGUUCUACUGGAAUGGAUGCUGAGCAGAAGACAGUGUUUGCCUUUGUAAUUUUCUUGCUGGUCUUCUUGGUUAUUCUCAUGGUUCGCUGCUUUCGAAUACUACUAGACCCUUACAGUAGAAUGCCAGCUUCUUCAUGGACUGACCACAAAGAGGGGCUGGAAAGAGGCCAAUUUGACUAUGCCUUAGUAUAAAUUAUCAGAUUAAAUAAUAAAUAACAACUGCCAUUUUCUGUUACAUUCUAAUUGUAGCAGAGAAGUGAAUCCGGUUAGUGUGAGAAAAUUCCUUCUCACCCUAAUCCGAAUUAAGUCUCCACUUUGCUGCUUUCCAAAUCCUACCCCCUCAGGUGCCAUAUUCCUAUAUCUUGCACUGUUGAAAUCUAGCAAGGUUGAAACAGGUUGUCUGCAAAUUUGGAUAUAUGGCUCUGAAUAAUUAGGCUGUAUUUGUGCUAUUAAACCAGAAGUUCUGUAUGCGUAGGUGGCCCCAGGGAUAUGAAGGAGUGAUUUGUAUGUCUCUGCAUAUGAUUCCUUGAAUGAGAGGUAAAGCCUCUCAUUUUUGUUUUAAGGUAGUACUUUGUGCAUAGCAUGAGACUUGUAAAUAUCGUCUGAUUUCGGAAAGCUUUACACUGCAUCCUAAAUUGUACUAAUGAUAAACAUUAGUACUCAUAAAUUGAACUUGUCCUUAUCUACUAUCACAUAGUGAUAUCAUAGGUGACAGCAAAAAAUAUAUUAACAGACCCAGUCUAAUCUGCUGACCAAAAGCCAAUAGAUAGCCUUACAAUGAUACAAUGAAAGUUCUCAUUGUUAAUAUAAUAUUGUUGCCUUUAACUAUAACAUUCCAAGCCAGAAUUUCCAUAUGGCCAUUUAUCUGGCAUACCAGGUGACCAAAGUAUAAAUAUCUGUUUUACCAUUGUACCUUAUACCUUUCCCAUUAAUUAUUUGCCAUAAACUUUUAUUUUUUAUUUGUAAACUACUACCAUAGUGUCAUGGUUUUUCUACUCAGGACAACUGUCUGUAUUUGUGUACUGAAUUCCCUUACCCCUCCUCCUUCUAUUUACUUUGUAUUACUGGCCAUUUUCUUAAAAUAAUCACUCUAUGAUCUUAGUGAUUUUUUUUUUAACUUAAUCGUAAGGACUUAUUUGUUAACAGGGAUUGUGCAAAGUGGAAAAAUUGCAAUACAUAAUGAGGCUCAAUUAAAAAUGCUGGGCAAAUUUGCACAUGGCCAUUAAGUCAUAUUGAACAAUGAAAGCAAACAUUUAAUUGGUUAUUGCACAGGUACAAAUUUGCCUAGUGUUAAUAAUUGAGCUCCUACUGUUUUCUGUGCUCAACAAAACAAUGUUCCUGCUGCUAUACACAAGUUGUGCAUAUGUACUGAUACAAAAUUCCACUCAAAAUUUCAGUUAAAGUGCAAGAACAUCAUAUGUGAGUCAGACAGGCCUGGUGUGGAGUGUCUUUAUAUGCCUUCUAUGUAUGCACUAUUCAGCAGGCGCAAAGUAAUUUCACUGUAUCCACUAAAGCUACUAGGAACACUGUACUUAAUGGAUGAUCAAUGGCACAUGUGACGUACAGAGUUCCCGUGCUACCCUUUGCUACUCCCUUGCUUGUUACACUUUGCACUUCACAGCAGAUACUGCUAUGGUAGGUUCAGUAAUUCCAAUGAUUGUGAAUUAAAUAUUUUCUGUAUUGUAAUUAUGGAUGCAAAACCAUGCCCAUUUUUGCUCCACAAGACAGCAUAGGCAUAAUAUAUUUUACAUACUUUCAUAUAGAUGGCUGUACUACAUAAUAGCCGAGUAAUAAUGAGGAAAGCCUAAUAUUUGACAUACAUAUAUGUAUGUUUUUCAUAUUAUCAGGACAGUGAUCUUGUCUGAUACAUGCAAAUAUAUGUCAGUCACGGUACAAUUUAAGCCUACUAUGAUUUGGUACUUUUAGCUGAAGUUUAAAUAACAUUUCAAAAGACAGGACAUAACAGAAAAGCUAACACAAAGCUCUCUUCCUUAAAAGGUAAAAUUAUGUUUUAUUCAUAUCAUUGACACACACUAUUUUUAGUUUUAAAAUAUUUAUAGGGCGCCCAUAUGACUCAACUAUAAACCAGUUUGUAAGGGUGAGGAAUACAUAUUUGAUUAAUGUUGAUUAACUCCUCUACAUAAUGUUUAUUUCUAUGUAUCUGGUGUUAUUUCUAUUGAUCGGCAGUCUGUUCUUAUUGUUUAGAGCUAUUAAGUAAUUAACCAUUAAGUGGUAUAUGUGGAGGACUUUUGAGUUAGGGAGGGAUCCCCAGUUAAAGUGGCAGGAAGUUUUGAAGUACCUAUAAUUUUUUUACUUCACAGUUGCAAAAUAGAAAAAGGUGUCUUUCUGUAGGUAGAGAUUAAGUAUUGAAGUAGGGUUGCCAUCUUGCCCGGUAUUUGGUAGGGCUGUCCAGUUUAAAACUGCCUGCCUGGAAAAUUUGGAAAACCAGGUAGGAUUCUUAAAGACUGAUGCUAUGAUUUCCCAAUUAGCAAUUGGCACAUCAUAGCCCUACUCUACAAUAUGUGAAGUUUGAGAGUAUAUUCACCUCAGGAAACUGAAAUGUGUAGCAAAUAUAAUUCUUUGGGUCCUUUUAAUGUUUAGUGCAAUCAUUUUUGCAUAACCAUGUAAAACAUCAGCAUGUUGUAUACUGUGGAAUUUUGUAUGUUUAAUUUAUAAACCCAUUUAUUGUACAGCACUUCAGAAUAUAUUAGCACUUUAUAAAUAUGUGUUGAUAAUAUUAAUGAUAAUAAAACAAGCUGAAAGAUAAGGAGCAACCAUCUUGGACUGUCAGAGUAGGCAUAGGCAAAAACAGUGAUUUGUUUUGAGAUAAAUGUGGCUGCCCUUGAGCUGAUGGUGGAGUCUGGGGAAGCUGGAGAUUGAUAGCAUGGAUAUUAGCAUGACACACCCAUCUAAGUAGGUGUUAACUACCUUUUUUUGGUCUCGAUUGAGUGGCAAAGAUAGAGGCACCUAAAUUAUAUUGCUGGUAUCGAAUAAAGGCUUGUAGCUCUUGUGAUAUCUCAAAUCUAUUAACAAAACCAUAAGGUGGUUAAAGUGCAGCAUGGUGCUCUGGGAUCCUGAGUUUAAUUUUGGCUUGGGCACUCUCUGCAAGGAGUUUGUAUGUGUGGGUUUUCACCCGGUUCUCUGAUUUUCUCCCACACUCCAAAAACAUACAGACAGGUUAAUUGGCUCCUGAUAAAACUAACCCUUAGUUUGUGUGUGUAAAUAUAUUAAAAACCUUAGAUUGUAAGCUCCACGUGGGCAGGGACAUAUGUGAAAGAUAGAUAAUCUCUGUAAAGCAAUGUGUAAAAUGUCUUGAUUCUAUAUAAGUGAUGGAUAAUAAAUACAUACUGUAAUAAACUGUUCGCUCCCCUACACAUACCUAUAUGAUCUUUUGUAAGGGAUCCAGAUAUCUGGAUUUUGAUAAACAUGCCAAGUCUCCAUUAUGUGUAGUGAGCAAAGGGUAAUUUUGAGCGCAAUGUUUUAUUUCUACAAGACAGCAUUUUCCCCCCUAGAAUUCCAGCAUAAUUGUGGUUGCAAGGGGCCAAUGUGCUUAUGUGUUUAUCAAUAGACAUUUGUUUUGCUCUAGCCAACCCUUCACAUGAAAUCUGCCCUGAUUUAUGAAUUUUUGAUGGACAUACCCUGUUAUUCUAAUUUAAUUAAUGUACUUAUUGCACCACAUAUAUAAUUGUAAAUGAUUUCCUAACAUUCUUAGUAUUUGUAGUAGGCUGGCUAGCCACUUUUAUAAACUAGUUCAAUAAAUGUAUUUAUACUUGAUAGUAACCUCUGUAUCAUUUGUGCCCUUUGUAGUAGUGAAGGGUCCAUAAUUACUUGAACAGAUGCUCAUUAUAUUUUUCUUUGUGAUAUUGUUGUUGUUGUUGUCAAGGAGACUCUGCUGAUCUACCUUGACAAUAUUAUUAUAUUGUCCUCACCUUUGGGGUGCACUUUAAUUUACCAUUCGUGAAUUAAAAUGUUUACUUGGAUUAAG